GCAACCGACAAUUAAAUCGAAUAAAAUCGCUUUAAAUCGAAUAGAACAAAAAAAAACGAUAGCGAAACCGACAACAGAACCGAACCGAAUCCAAAAGUGCGCGCACGUCAGCGGAAAUCGUUUAUAUGCUUAGUAAAAAAAAUACAAACAACAGAAAACAAAUAGGAAAAUAGCGAAGCUCGAGUUCUCGAACAAUGGUUGUUGCUGUUGCUGUUGCCGCUGCCGACGUCGUUGAAAGCAACAGUAGCAGUAGCAGGGUUGCCGACAGUAGUGGUACCGCUGUGUCUCCAUCAUUUGUCGGUGCUACACAAGACACGGUGGUUAAUAACAAUAAUUCUGAUAAAGACAGUACAAUAACAGGGGCUGGACGGGAGGCGUUGGAUGACAGUGUUCCUCGCCUGCAACCUUCAAGGGAUACUGAAAAGAACCUGUAUCAGAAGUUAAAAAUCAACACAAGUGCGAGCGACGUUAAUAACAUCACAAACAACAACAUGACGGAUGCGGCCAAAGGAACGACAACAACGGAAGCGACGGAGUCGAUGGAGGCCGUUCCCACCAAGAGUGCUGUCAGCCAGCGAAACGUGGAUAUUAAGAUAGAAAGGACCAGCAACAAGGCCACCCAACAGUUAACCAAGAAGGUGCUCAAACUAGAUCUUGGCGGCAAGAACAUUGACGAAUACUCACUCAAAUCGCCCAAGUCACCCAUAGCUGCACGAUUGCCGCAUCAAACGUCGAUAACGUCAUCGGUGGAUGUAGAGGACAGGAAGACAUUACGAGAGGCCUUAUACCAGGGUAUAUUUCAUCGGCACCGACGUACUAUUUUUGCAGUGGGCAGUUUCCUGCGUAUGCUGCGCAGCCGCAACUCACAAUACAAUACGAUACGCAGCUCUUCGGAAGGCGAGGACAUCGAUGAGCAGCCGAAGCAUCAUCUGCAGAAACUGGAGCAGUCGCAAGAGCAACUCCAGCCGCCUGGCGAAGAAGUAACGACCAUAUACGCAACAUCGCCAUCUGGACAACAGGGACAAUCGGAUUCGCUUUAGAUGUCCCUGCUGCUUGAGUUGAAUUUUGGAUUUAAUGAUUAGCUCAUACGACAUCCGCGUAUCAAUCACAGCUUAUUUACGAAUAUUUUAAAACAUCGUGCAACCAUGAGACUAGCAACCCGUUGUGUUAGCAUGUAGUGAGCCAUAUUAGUUCCGUAUUUAGUAUUAUUGUUUACGGACUAAGGCCAGACUUCUUCAUCUGCAGGACACGGAGAAGGAAACAAAUUUUUUCAAUUCGUUCAUACUUUAGCGAUUUCUUAUUUUAAGUAAAACCUGAACGUCUUACUUCCAUUUUACGUCAAACCAACUUAAUUGUAUUGAGUUUGCAUUGUUUCAGCGCCCAGCACUGUACUUAAGCUAAUAAUUAUGAGUUAGGAACAUUCCAUUUGCUUGCUUUAGAAGAAAACUUAAAAUUAUUUGUGCGUUAAGUGUACACAUACAUGACAUGACGCCAGGUUAAAAAAAAGUGUACUGACCAAGAAUCCGCUAUGCCAAUAGCAGCAUCCUACAUAUUUGGAUAAACACUAAAUGUUUUCAUCUUAAAGGUUUAUUUCCCCCAAAUCAUGCUUCAGCGAAUCAUGCUUCGUGACUGAAUUCGAAAUCUGUGCAUUGUAAUUAAUUCAAUUUCGUAGGUCCAUCAAUGUAAUUUUUAAUAAUACACAAUGUAAUCGCCAUUUUGUAAUACUUUGUUUUUUACAUUUUUAUCUUCACAAAGUGGAAUAAGUACUUUUCUUAGCAUUUGGUAAAGUUAAUAGAAAUUAUUUUUGUUUAUCUUAGCUACACCCGUUACUCUUAAAGUAAAAGGUAAUACCAGAUCCGUUCGAAUUAUAUAUUAAUCAAAAGAAAAGUAAAGUAAAUAUAAAUUCUUCAUUGGUAGGAACGUCGAAGUUUUAGGAACUAAAAGCUAGAGUGGUGGAAC